AUGGCAUCAGAUCUCACGGCUCAACUUGAACAUGCUGCCACGUUGAUCGCGUCUCAAGAGCAAGAUGAGGAGCUCAUCCCGGACGGUCAGUUCUGCCGUAAUAAAGAUUUCCUAAAGGACGUUGAUCCGGAAAUAUGCAAGUUUAUCUAUGCUGUCAUGCUUUCCGAUCGCUCCGAGAGGGCAAAGCGAUUCUCCAUGGCAAGUGAGGAAGUAUUGAUGACCAGAGGUGUCGGAAACAAUACCUCUGGACUAAAGGAUGCCGCUAUCUUGGGUGCUCUGGCUGUUUUCAACGUUCUCAAAAGCGAGCCUAUGAGAGGUGUUGUUGUCAGCAUGUUUGGAAGAGUUCUUCGGAGACAGUGGGAGGUUGCUACGCCAGAGAAUGAGCCUGAUGCUUUGGACCGGGCGGUGGAAUAUCUCAGAAAGGCUGUUUAUUUUGGGCCGCGGGAUCACUCAAGUCGAGCACUGCAUCUCGAUGACCUUGGCGAUAUUCUAACACAAAGGUACAAAGUUACCCAUGAAGAGGUCGACUUUGAAGAUGCGAAUGCGGCUUUCCAUGAAGCUUUGGCCACAGACUUCCCAGGGAAACCAAUCUUCUAUCUAGGCUUGGCAAAACUACAACAGGAAAGGGCGUUGUUCCAAGAAGGACAUACGGAAAGCUUGCUUCGUGAGAGUAUGGCCACUCUCCAACUUGCCGAAGACUCAGUCACAAGCCAAUUCGACUCGACGCCAUUCAGAUACACCAUUGCAGAUAUACAUCGUGCUCGCGCUGCAUGUUUCGUUCACCUGUACGACCUGAACCAAGAUAUCGAGAAUCUCAGAAAGGCAAAAGCGUCUCUCAACAGAGGCCUUGCAGUCUCUGAAGAAAAGCGUUCGAAUGACCGUUUCAACUGUCUCAUCAACUUGGCAUCACUGCAGCAAAAGCUCAACGAGGAGGAGAACACACGAGACCCAUCUGCUGAGAUCGGCUACCUGAGGCAAGCCCUUCGUGUUCAUCCAAAUUCCACGGCGGCACUGGAAGAGCUUGCGAAUGCACUGGGUGAAAGAGCCGAGCAGAAUAAUCACCGGGAAACGCAGAUCGAAGCAGAUAAGCUCAUUGAGCGGAUGAAUGAGCUCCAAAUCGUCGAUCCAUCUCCAAAAACCCCGGCACGACUUAUCAGAGACGCAGGUGCUCAUGAAGAGCAAUUCAGCAAAACCGGGCUCUUCUCGGAAAUCGACCAAGCUGUCAAGUGUUUGCAAGACGCCCUCGAUCACCCAGAUCUACAAGGCCAUCAACAGAUUAACUGCUAUCAACAACUCGCUAUAGCACUUCUCAUCAGGUUUGAAGCGAAUGGUGACAAAGAUGAUCUGCGCAACGCAUGUCAGGCGAAUCUCGAUGUUUUGCCGUUUCUCAACGAUCUUGAUGAUCCUAUGAAAGCUCGAUGUUUGAGAGCUUCUGGAAGGGCUGCUUUUGUGUCGGCUCAGAUUCCGGGACAAGAGCAGUUCAUUGAUGGUGCUUUGACGGCACUGACUGCAGCGAAGGAAAUAGCGUUGAGGACUGAUCCCUUUUAUCUUACUGUCAUGAAUGAUAUCGGGAACGCUUACGUUGUUAAAUGCCAAUGUACCGGCGAUGUCAAGUACUUGGCGCAGGCAGCUGAGGCAUAUCGGGAUGGUCUUGAUGCCUCUAAAGAGCAAGGGUCGUCUGGUGGAACUAUGAAUAUCAUGUUGACUCAUGGUUUGGGGAAUACAGCGCUCUAUCAGUUCAAAUUCUCUGGAAGGCUGGAAGACAUCAACACUGCGAUCAAGGCGUUCGAGCAAUGUCUUGACUCAACUGGGCCAACCGAAGUUCGAGCUGGCUCGAGAACAAGAAGUCUUAGUCAUGCUCUUCAGCUUAGAUACGACGAUACUGAGGACGUCAGAGACGUCGUCAGAGCUGGUCAGAUCGUUGAAGAGGUACUGAGCAGGAAUCUCAACCUUCCACCAGUCGAAAUCUCGGCACUGCGCAAUAUGCUGGGAACAGCUUAUCUUCGUCAAUACCACCGAGAGGAAGAUCUAAGCUUUCUCGCUCAAGCUGAGAAGAACUUCAACAUUGCUCUCUCCUGUGGAUGCAUGGAUAAGUUUUACUUAUUCUCGGCGCGGGUCAAUUUGACACGUGCGUUGCAAUACAGAGCUAAGAAGACACUCAGCCUGCGAGAUCUUCGUGAUGCGCUCGUGAACUUCCAAGAGUGUAUCUCCAUAGGUGGUAUGGACAAUAUUAAUCGCGGAGGACUUCUCAUCAACCAAGCAGAACUACUCAUCGCAAUCUGGACCGUCAGUCCAGCUCCAUUAAGCACCGUCGCUGCAAACACAUACCUGGUCUUAACCGCUCAGUUCUCAUCGGCACCAGGUAUCGCUCGUCAUGUCCUCGCGUGGAUGAAAGUCUGGGCAUCCAUGUUUGCGCAUGUAGUCACAAAGGAUUCGACAGCUGCAAGGAACUACAUCCGAGAAGCAGCUGAGGAUCUUCCCUUUGCGGUGUAUGCUUGUACCACUCGCGCCGACCAGUUACGUCAAGCGAAGAAAUUCCAGGCUGUGCCGACACUUGCCCUGUGGUUUUCCCUCGCCGCUGGAGAUUCAGCGGUUGAAGCACUACAGUUAUAUGAGAGAAGUCGAUGUGUUUUGUGGGAGGAGAUUCUUAACAAGGGUGUUGAUUCUGGCCUGGAUGAAUUGAAGGAGAAGUUUCCAGAUCUGGCGACUCGUUUCAUUAAAGCGAGAGUCUCUGAGAAAGCCAAGGGCCAGCGAGCGGCGCGGUUUGACCUUGAUAAGAAGUUUCUACAGAGUCAGACGGCUUUCAACAAGUCGACUUCUUUUCAGGAACUGAUAGCCGAGAUCAGAGCAAAGGAUGGGUUCCAGGAUUUUCUCAGGCUUCCGCGCGAGGACUCGCACUUUUACGAACUUGCUGAAUCUGGUCCAAUAAUCAUCGUCGAAACGGAACCUCUGAGUGGUGGCUACGCACUCAUCAUUACCACCACUGAGAUUCGGAAAAUCUCACUCCCCAAGUUCACUGUCGACGAUAUAAGGGAGCAUAAGCAACUCUUUCGCCAAGCCAUUGAUAUGUCAGAUGACGGAGAUGGUCAAGGCGGUGAUCUUCUUCAUUAUCUGCUCACAUGGCUCUGGGAAGUUGUAGCAGAGCCCGUUCUCCUGAGUUUGGGGUAUGAUGGGGCUCCAACAGAUGGAAAUUUGCCGAGGGUCUGGUGGUUGACGACGAGUAGCAUCAAUGCCUGGCCCAUUCAUGCGGCGGGCGAUCAUCGACGGGCAGUAGAGACGGGAGAGCGUUGCACGGUGCUUGAUCGAUGUGUUCCAUCGUACACAAAUACCCUUCGUGGAUUGUCCUUUGUGAGAGAUCGUGAGAAGGAGAUCACGCAGCAUGUUAGAGGUCAGAAAGCGAUGCUGGUUAAGAUGGAGACAACAGAUCAUCUUGCGCCGCUGCAACAUGCCACCAGCGAGGUCGACGCUAUUAACACAAUUCUCACUCACGGGGGAUACGACGCCGUGAUACACGAUCACCCAGUCCGAAAGGAGGCACUCACGGGUCUGCUGGAUUCACAGAUCGCACACUUCGCCUGCCACGGCGAAGUCGACACCUUGAACCCAGCACGCAGCGGCCUUCUCCUGCGCGAUUGGUACACCCAAGACGCAAACGGCGCAAUCACAAGAGGAAACGUCCUCGACGUUCAAAGCAUGAUGUCAGCCCCAAAGAAACUAAACUGCGCUCUCAUCUAUGUAUCAGCAUGUGAGACGGCCAUCACAGGCGAUCCAAUGCUUCCUCAAGAAUCGAUCCAUCUUGCCGCUGGGUUCCAAAUGGCGGGUGUACCGUGUGUAGUGGCUAGUCUGUGGAAGGCGGAGGAUGAGACUUGUGGUCUUAUCUCCAAGGACUUUUAUGCUGACUUGACGAAAGGAGGGAUGGGUGUUACGGGCGGUCGGUCUGCGAGGGCGUUGAGAUUGGCUGUUUUGGAACAGCGUCAGGCUGGUGUUGAUCCGAGAUUCUGGGCGACGUGGGUUCAUUAUGGUCCUUGA